AUGGAUCCUGUUCUUAUUGUUGGCGCCGGCAUUGUCGGCUUAACCCUCGGCCAGGCUUUAAAGAAGAAAGGUAUACCGUUUGAAAUAUAUGAGCGAGACCCCACGCCCGAUGCUCGCGGUCAAGGCUGGGCUAUAACUCUCCAUUGGGCGCUGGAAUAUCUUCAGCAGAUGCUCCCCGCAGACGUUCUAGCUCGAAUUCAAGAUGUCCAGGUCGAUCCGGACGUGGCCCUGAACGACAAUGGGAAUUUUCUUUUCAUCAAUCUUGCCACGGGAGAGCCAAAAUUCAAGAUCCCGCCAUCUGUGCGGUGGCGCGUAAACCGGGAGAAAAUGAGAAAGGCCCUGCUUCACGGAAUCGAAGAUCGGGUACACUGGGAUCGAAGAGUGGUGGGCGUGGAUCUAGAGACUGUACCCGAAAAGGUGAACUUGGAGUUCGGCGAUGGAUCCUCUGUGACGGGACGAAUGGUCGUUGGGGCUGAGGGUAGUCGGUCCGCCAUCAGACAACUGUUGAGACCUGAUGCGUAUAGUAACGUGCUGCUACCAAUCCGAUUUACAGGAGUAGCGGUGGAUCUCUCCCCGGAGGACAUCAAACCGCUUCGGUCUAUGGACCCGCUUCUGUUUCAAGGAUGUCAUCCUGAGACCGGGGCGUUCUUCUGGUUUUCUAUGCUGGAGACUCCGCUCGUGAAUGGAACAGUUGGGACAGAGCGUGAAAGGUAUCGAGCCCAGAUCUGCAUGUCCUGGCCGGUACAUACCUCCGCUGAUGAGGUAGCUGAUACUGAUGAAGGCCGUCUGGCCAACAUGAAGCGCCGGGCUGAAGGCUUUGUGCCCGUUUUAAGAAACGCGGUACAAAAGAUACCGGAGGGGACCCCUGUGCUAGAGAUCAAAUUGGCCGACUGGGAAUGCCUGGAUUGGGAUAACAAGAAUGGCCGUGUGACGCUGGCUGGAGACGCUGCACAUGCAAUGACAAUGUAUCGUGGUGAAGCUGCAAAUCACGGACUCCUGGAUGCAUUCCAUCUGGGGGAUGCCAUUUCUCAAAUUUACUCUGAACAAACCGGCCAACAGGCUGCACUUGACAUCUACGAAACAGAGAUGAGGAUGCGUACGAAGCGGGCGGUCCGAUUAAGUCGACAGGCAUGUCGUGAUGCACAUGCUUGGGAGCAAUUAAAUGAACACUCAGCGAUAUUGACAAAACGAUCAGUUGUUGGUGAAUCGGCACGCUUGGUGUGA